AUGCCUAUCAACCUCGUCCGCCGUGGCGGAAAUAUCCUGCGGAAGCUCCCAGUGCAGGGCGCUUUUGCGCGCCCUAUCCGGGUAGUCACGCCGCAGAACCAGGUUCGCCGUAUCUCGUUCGUUGCGCGUCAAUCCCGACCGACCUCGAUCACCCACAGCGUUCCCCAAUCAAGCUUCAUAGUUGGAAACCUUGUCCGAGGCUAUGCCGAUAAAGGCCGUCCGAAGGGGUCGACCGCCGGCAAGCCGAAGAAGAAGAAGCAGCCCAAGAAGGCAGCAAAGAGACCUGGCAGGAAGAAGGGGCCGAUGACCGAAGAACAGAAGGAGAAGAAGAAAGCCGCGGCGUUCAGAAAACAUCUACGGGAACUGAAGGAAAAUUCUUUGAAGCUGCCAAAGGGUCUUCCGGUGUCUUCUUGGGUGGUAGCAGUUACCACCAAGUCGGCGCAGGUGGAUAACGAGGGCCUAACAAGGCCCGAGGCCUUCAAGAAGGCAAUUGAACUUGCGCGAUCAAUCAGUGCUGAGGAGAAUCAGCGCUACGUCGAUAUCGCCACUGCUAACAGGGCCGCUAACAAAGCUGCCUAUGAAGCAUGGGUUCAGUCUCACACACCUCUUCAAAUCUUGGAAGCCAAUAAGGCUCGGCGUCGGUUGGGGAGAAUUAAGGACUCCAAGAAAGUUACUUUGAUCAAAGAUGAUCGGCUGGUCAAAAAGCCACUUUCGCCUUUUAUUAUAUUUUACCAGGAGCAGCGCGAUACGAGCAGAAGCGAUGUCGCAAACUUGACCCAAGCAGCGGCACAUGAAUGGAAGAACUUGUCAGAAUCAGCGAAGGAGAAAUACAGAGAGGUAGCGAAAGCCGAUAGGCAACGCUACGAGCGCGAGUACCUUGAGGUAUAUGGCAAGCCAGCUCCAGAGCAGUCUCAACAGGCCGAGGAUGAGGAGUAG